AUGUCUGUUUGGUUCAUCACAGGAGCGUCCAAUGGCUUUGGCCUAUUGCUUUGUCUCAAAGCCCUCAAAGCAAACCACCGUGUCAUUGGAACAGUGCGCAGCAAGGCCAAGUCCGGGGAUGCAGUGAAACAGAUCGAGUCCGCAGGAGGUCAAGUCAUCGAGUUGGAUCUGAACGAGUCUCGGGAGAGCAUCACCAAGAAAGUCAAAGCGGUCGGACAAAUCGACUACCUGGUCAGCAAUGCGGGCUUCCUCGUCCUUGGCGCCGUCGAGCAAAUGAGUGAGAAAGAAGCCCAGCUCCAACUACAAACCAACUUCUUCGGGCCGCUGUACGUGAUACAAGCAGCGCUAGAAGGCAUGCGGGCGCGGCAUUCCGGCGUCAUCGUCAGCAUGAGCAGCUUGGCAGCCAAGGAAUACGUGCCGACAACCGGGUUGUACUCAGCAAGCAAAGCAGCGCUAGAGGCCAUGUCCGAGUCUCUAGCAGCCGAGGUAGCCGAGUUUGGCGUGUCCGUCCUGAUUGUCGAGCCGGGCUCUUUCCGGACCAACUUCCUCGCCGCUUUGAACCAAUCUGCGACACCGCUGCCUGAGGAUUACGAGGGCACAGCCGUCGCACGGAUCCGUGAUGUCUUGCUGACCAAAAGCGGCAAGCAGCCUGGUGACCCCCAGAAGGGCGUGGAUCGUAUCUUUGAGACAUUGACGGGCGAAGGUUUGGCGGGACACCUGAAGGGUAAAGUGUUGAGGCUUGUCCUCGGUCGGGACGCUUUGGAGCGUAUAAGAAAGGCCAACGAUAAAUUCUUGGAAGACUUGGCUCUUGGGGAAGACAUCACAGUCACUACGGACCUGUAG